GUUAUUGUAUCGAGUGAUUUUCGAGAUCUAUAUCAAUUGUUAUCUACAGUCGUCCUCAUGAGUGUGUCGGAAGCCAAUACUGAGAAGUUGGGCAUAGAUACCACUGGCCAAGAUGUGAAAAUCGAAGAGCUUAGUUCUUCAGAAGCCAAUCUUAAGCAGUUGCGCAUUGCUAUUACGAACAAAAUGGAUCGAUUACAAGAGAAUGACCCCCAAUAUGUGCGACUCCGAGGAGUACCGGCUCCGUGAUUCGAGUAAUUAUAUCACUUGGCUGAGGCAUGUGUCAUAUCUUUCGGGGCUCAUCGACGGUCUUCUUGAAAAAUAUCUUCUUCAAGGCAGCACUGCUAUCCCGACCUACUUCGCAGUGAAGGAUCAAUCUACUCUCUUAGCUCUCGAAUCCAUGGCUGAGUACAGCCAGCUUGUGACCAUGCUCGACCAUUACUGCCAUAUGCUAGUGAUGUACACGACUACUCCAGAGGCACAAAGACUUCACGUAUCUACCUUGAGAGGUGAGGCCAGACGUGACCGCAGCGCCUUUAAGCUCAUGCAGAAACGCUAUGGUGUCACUGAAUAUGCCGAGAUCCCCCCCUACUUCAACAAAUGGUUUUCAAAGGUGGGCGAGCACUGUUCUUAUAAUGAGCCUGUCCACUUCAUGCUGCACUUCGAAAAGUCUUCCUUUCUCGACCUCCGAAGGAGUCGGCUGCUCUUCUGUUCCUUAGCUGCCUUUCUCCGGCGGUGGUCGACCAUGUGCGUCGCGAUCACCGAUUUAAAUCGGGUAUGUCUAUGAGUGACCUCGACCGGCUGAUUACGGAUGCCUUCAAAUAUAUUGCAGUGCUUGAUUCCCUGCCUGUUGCUACGACUCACACUGGCAGGAACGGCGCGUCCAGGUCGCGCUCGACCAAGUGUGGAUAUUGCCACAGGUUUGGUCAUGAAAACUCCCAGUGUCACAAGCGUGCUUUUGACCUAGUUCAGGAGCUUGGUGGCUACGAGAAAUUUAAAUAGACUUUAGUGUUACUAUUUAUUCAGAAUUGACCUUCCUG